AAUUUGGGAAGAUUUGUUUUUCCAGGAGUGGUUUUCUCUUUGAAGAUACAAGGAAGAUGGAGCAUCUGUAUAAUCGUCGGCAAGGAAACGAGACGCUGCACCGCCCCUAACAUUGUACGGCAAAGGAAAAGCCUGCGCAGGAGAGCAUGCAUACACCUCUCACGUCAAUCAUGAUUAGUUCGUCAAAUAGUCAGAAACUGUUACAUACUUUCCGCGGAAUGAAGUAACGCUAUAUAGUGACACAAGUUUGAAGUUUUAGUGACAAAGAAUUGUCAGGAUGAAACAUGUCUGUCGAGGAGAAUGUCCCCCCCUUUUAGGAGGAUGACAGAGUAAAGUUUAUAAAAACAAACGUUUAGUCGGAUUUUGGAAGUAAGGCAGGAAACCUGGGAGAAGAAGUGUGUUACAGUCGAGGAACGCCAGACCGUUCUGAAAGGUGUCUUCGAAAAGCAAGGUAUUGUUUCUGACUCUACCAUCGACUGGUGCUCCCCGAGUGCAGUGUGGAGGUCUGGACAAUGACCAAGUGGAGGGAGAUAAACAUGGACCAGAUGGGCGCAGAACUCAGGAGGUUUGUCAAGGUGACCAACGGGCAGGCUUUCUACUGGCUGUCUCAGCUGAGGCAUCGCUGGGACGAGCAGCAGAGACACUGCCUGGCUAACAUCUGUGAUGUUCACUUCUUCUACUCCUACCAAUACCUGGGGAACACCCCUCGUCUGGUCAUCACCCCCUCAUUGGCCGGUGCUACCUCACUCCGACCCAGUCUCUCCACCUGACGAAGAGUGGGACCACCAAGGACCUGGGAGGGGCCCUGGGCAUCAUGGUGUACGUCUUCAACGGCUCUGAACAGAUGGACCUCAAGAUUAGAACAAGGACACAUUGGUUCCUAUUUUUUGUUUUCUUGUCUUGACUUGUUUUUCAGUUGGAAUAUCACCAGUUACCACCUCCACAAUAUAGUGUUUUCAUAAUCAUUGAUGUUCAGUAGUUCUCCCUCUGCACUUGAAUAGUUCCUUGUGCAUGUUGUAUAGCACCCAGGUGGUGUUAGUAAUGUCAUCCCCUGUCAUGUCCAGCCUAUAGGGAACAUCUUUAAGGGCCUAGACUGGAGGGCCUACUUGAUGAAUUCAACUGUAUCUCUGUGGAGGGCCUGUCAGUGGUAGCUGUGUAGGUCAAAACCAUUCAGACUGCCACACGCAACAAUGGGAAGUGGUGGGGACUGUUUUUAUCAUGUGAACAAAGGGUUAUGUUCAACAGGGAGAAUAUGUUUUCAAAUGGGGAGGUACAAGCCAAACGUUUUCCUUUUUCUGUUGCAAAACAUUUUGAUACGGUUUACCCUAUUGAACAUGACCCUGGUUCUUUGAUUUGGACACAACACUACAAAUCUGGAUUGAUUGUUGAUGUUAAUGUUUCUUAACCUUCUGUGUACAACACCAAUAGUAAUUCCUAGCAACAUCUGUUGCAUGGAAAUACUGUUUUCUGAUUCAGAUCACAACCGGAUUUCCCUGUUAUAUAUAACUUAUCAUCAGACACAACUGAUAGUAGGGAUCUUCAUCACCAUGAACCCAGGCUAUGCAGGCAGGAUGGAGCUACCAUUCUCUCACUGUAUUAUCCUCUCUUCAGGUAGAGCUAGCUCCAUUUGGUGAGGCAGGUAGCAUAGUGGUUAGAACGUUGGACCAGUAACCGAAAGGUGGCUAGAUCAAAUCCCCGAGCUGACAAGGUAAAAAUCUGUCAUUCUUCCCCUAAACAAGGCAGUUAACCCACUGUUCCUAUGCUGUCAUUGUAAAUAAGAAUUUGUUCUAAAAUGACUUGCCUAGUUAAAUAAAAUGAAAAUUCUCACACCAUAUUAUCCUCUCUUCAGAGAGCUAGCUCCAUUAUCUCACCAUAUUAUCCUCUCUUCAGAAAGCUAGCUCCAUUAUCUCACCAUAUUAUCCUCUCUUCAGAAAGCUAGCUCCAUUAUCUCACCAUAUUAUCCUCUCUUCAGA